UGAUCACAUUAUAUAUAAUGAAAUAUCUUGACAAAUGAUCAAUUCAAAAUGGAGGAUAAAUGGCCUAAGUUUCACCCGCUACAUUUUAAAUUUUGGCUCAAUAAGAAGUGCUGAACAGAAAAAAACCCAAAACAAUUUCCACUUAGUGUUUACAUUUAUUUCUAUCUUACAUGUAAUUCAAACACCACAAAUGUUUUCCCCUACAUGUUUGAUGGGAUGAUGAGCGUGUGCUCAGUCAAAGUCAUUGAUCUCAGCAUCAGGCAGCAGAUCUGGUCUCUACAGGGUCACCACUUUCCCAGAUCCACACAGAGCUCUGUGAGUCUCUCUCCAUCACCCCCCCAGUCCUCCACCUGUUCCCCUGAGAUCUAACCAUUGUCCCCCAGGCAUUAACAGCAUUCAGCAUGUUAUAUCCUCUUUUGUCUCACCAAGCUUUCUGAUUGGAUGAGACUGUGAGAAACUUCAGUCAGACCAAGACCCACACAUUCAUAUGGAGAUGUGGGACUAUAAGUAGGAGGGAUGAAACCAGCAGAGAUCAGAUUCUCUCUACAGAGACCUCUACAGCACAAAGAUCCAGCUAUGGCACCUACAAUCACUGCAGCAAUGACCAACUCUCAGGACCAUCUGACUCUGACCCACAAGCUCAGAAAACCUCUGGUGGAGAAGUUACGCAGAGAGCGAAUCAACAGCAGCAUUGAGCAGCUCAAGUCUCUCCUGGGUCCAGAGUUCCUCAAACAGCAGCCAGACUCCAAGCUGGAGAAAGCAGACAUCCUGGAGAUGACAGUUUGCUUCCUGACACAGCUGCAGCAGCAGAAUCAACAGCAAGGAAGACUGCUGAACCACUUCAACAAGCGGCAGUCUUCCUCUGAUAAGAACCUGAGAGAGGCUGACUUCUCUCCUCUGAGCUCCACAGUCCAAACCAGCAUCACCAAAGAGAAGAGUCCAGUCAACAGCGCCCUCUGGAGGCCGUGGUAGACUCAUACAGACUGGAGACACUACCAGACAAACUGAGAUGACCAUGUUGGUCAAAGAUU